GUCCUCAUGGAAGAGGCCAGCCUGUCCAGCGCUAUCGACGUGGACAAAGCCUUUGCCGUUGCCUUUGUCGUCCUCUUGAUUCUCUUUCUAAUGGUGAUGGUUUAUCAGUGUGUAAAGCUGGUGCAGAAUCCCUAUGAGGUCAGCUCCACAACCACAGACCCAUCUCUGAGCUGA